AUGGCGGAUAGAGUGAAUUAUGAUAGAAUUAUACUCAGUCCCGAUUAUGUGCCGGAUACAAAAACUAAAAAUAAAUUAAUUUAUUUCACUUAUUAUUCGCCUAACAUUGUUAUUUAUACCAAAAAUCUUUAUUCAAUUUUUGGUAAGUCUCUAUCUGAGAUUUUAUUUCAAUCUCAUUGGUCACUUGUGAAUAUAGUAGUAGUUGACAAUGUAACUUACUCAUGCGAAAACGGGUAUUUCGAAAAAGAAGUUAACGCUAGUAUACAUAGAUUUCUCAACAGACUAUGGCACAUAUAUAACAUAGUUUAUGUAGUAAUCGAAUAUCCUAAAGACUGCCCUAAUAAAUUUUCAUUGUUCGAUGGGAAAAAACAGCCAAAUAAUAGGGGAUUUGUUUACGAUAGAACCGUUAAAACAGUACACGCAAAUGAAGUAGAGGAAACUUUAAGGAAAAGUGAUAGAAAUUUAACUCACGGUUACCCUUUGAGGGCAAAUAUUUUUUAUAGAUUUCCUACAUCUAUUACUGAAUGUGAAGAUUUAAGAACUUUUAUGACUUUUAAUAGUAAUAUUACAAAUGGCUACUGUGGACUAGACGCUCUAGUAAUGCAUGACGUACUAGAAGUGUUGAAAUUUAAUACAUCUUUUGAAAUGGAAACGAUAAGAAACUACGGAUAUGUUCAAUCAGGACACGUGACAGGAGCUUUGGGUCUUGUCGUACGAGGACAAAUUGAUGUAUCUUUUAAUUCAAGAUUCAUGGUUUCAUAUUUAGUAGAAAAUAGAUUUAAUUUCUUGUUCUAUGUCUGGUCGGAUUCCUUGUGUGCUUUAAUGAAAGAACCACCCGUAGUACCAAUUUGGCAUUACCCUUUUAAUAUUUACGACAUUCCCACAUGGGCGUUCACGGUCUCAUGCCUAACAUUCGCGGGGUCAGUGAUGUACGUUAAAAGUAGAAUGGCCAAACAAAAUCAAUUGAAGUUACAUGUUUAUGUCAUAAAUGCUGUGUGGGGUGGCUUAUUCGGAUUCUUCUUCAACAAGAAAAUAAAAAAGUCGUUAAUGGCAGCCGCAUGUCUAAUGUGGUCAGUGAAUCUCACAGCUAAAUAUCAAGGACAUGUGAACUACAUGUUCGCCACGUUGGUGAGAUAUGAUCGACUAAACACACUGUCCGAUUUGCGCGACAACAACAUACAAAUGUACACGUCCCCAUCCAUUGCAAUUCUGUUGGGCCAAGGAAUGUUCCCAAACAACGCCAAAAGUACCCUUGUGGAGAUUUUAAGAUUUUAUCCAGAAAACGAUAGCGCCGCAUCGUAUACCUUAAAUCAUCCGAACUCAGCAACGAUAGAACGCUCGGAUUUACUACUGCAGACGUUGUUCAACCUUACAGACGAGAAUGGAAGACCACUGCUGUACGCAGUCAAUGAAUGCUUUGAACACUAUUACUUGUCUUACAUCGUAAGGACAGGUUUCCUGUUCACUGGCCAGUUGCAACUACUGAUGAUGAAGAUCGUCGAAGCCGGCCUCCCCACUGUUUACUACAAAUGGACCCGAUAUACCAUCAAGGUGGUCGACCCCGUAACACCAAGUUCUGAACCCCGCCCUACAAUUAAGAUCAAUCUUCGUGAACAAAGGGUUGCAUUUAUAAUACUUCUGUCAGGAUAUCUUAUAUCCACAACUUUAUUUGUCAUAGAGCUAUGGUCGAAUAAGAGAGCAAAACGCGCAAAUAAAGAUUUAAGGGUGGAUAGAUACUCGUAUAUUGAAUAACUAAACGUUGCCUUACAUACUAUUCAUAAUUUACGCAUAUUUUUUACUUUAUACAUAUUUGUAGUUAGUUUGCCACAGUAAAGUGGUAAAGUGUUAAAAUAUUUGUAAUAGAACAAUGUAUUUAAAAUGACGGACAAUCAUUAUUAAGGAGCUUUUCCGAAGACUUUUAUAUCCCGUUUAUAUUGUACUAGUUCUUACCCGCAUUUAUUAUAUUACAAAUAGUUGGUAUUGGGAUUACGCUUAAAGCCAUUCUCGUAAGAAUUCCGGAUCACAUGAAUGUAGCAGCUAGUCAAUUUAAAAUGGUUAAUAGGAAAACUGAUUACAAAUAAUAUAAUUAUAAAUAAAACGCAAUAUCACGAUUUAACCAUACUGAAUUUAUUCCCAAAAUAUUUCUUUCCAAUAACAGUGGAUACUUUCAGAUAAAAUCUCAUUUACAUUUCUAAAGAAUGGCAAGUUUCGAUGUUGUUAAGAUUCUAUAAGGCAAAACAAAAUAGGAUGAUCACAAAUUGAAUAAAUAAAUAAAAAAAAACCGAAACAACAUAUAUUAUAACAUUCUAUGUAUCAUAAAAUUGAGCCAAAGGUAAAAAAAUCUUACAUUUCUACAAUCAUAUAAACAAUUAUAUUGUCUUCUAUACACCUUAAUUAAUUAUACAGUCUGGCUUUGAUAUAAAUAUAUGAUUUGAUCAUCAUAAU